AUGUUAAACAAGUACAUUCUGCUGCUGUUUCUUCAGAUAAACCUCCUAGGAACUGCUCAUGGUGGGAAUAUUUUGAUAUGGCCAAUGGAAGGUAGUCAUUGGCUAAAUGUUAAGAUAAUUAUAGAUGAGCUAAUUAAAAAAGAACAUAAUGUUACCGUCCUAGUUGCUUCCGGUGCACUCUUCAUCACACCAAUUUCUAAAUCUUCUCUGACAUUUGAAAUAUAUGAAGUGUCCUUUGGCAAAGAAAGAAUAGAAGGGGUGAUCAAGAACUUUGUUCUGACAUGGCUAGAAAAUAGACCAUCUCCUUCUACCAUUUGGAAAUUCUAUCAAGAAAUGGCCAAGGUCAUCAAGGAUUUCCAUACUGUGAGUAGGGAAAUCUGUGAUGGUGUUCUACAAAACCAAAAGCUGAUGCAAAGGCUGAUGAAAGCCAAGUUUGAUGUCUUGGUAUCAGAUCCAGUAUUUCCUUGUGGUGAUAUAGUAGCUUUGAAACUGGGGAUUCCAUUUAUCUACUCCUUGAGGUUUUCUCCAGCCUCAACAGUGGAAAAGCACUGUGGGAAGGUACCCUAUCCCCCUUCCUAUGUUCCUGCUGUUUUAUCAGAACUCACAGACCAGAUGUCUUUCACUGAUAGAGUAAGAAAUUUCAUCUCCUACCAUCUACAGGACUACAUGUUUGAUACUCUUUGGAAACCAUGGGAUUCCUACUAUAGUAAAGCUUUGGGUAGCCACUGGUUAAAUAUUAAGAUCAUUCUAGAAGAAUUGAUUAAAAGGAAUCACAGUGUGACUGUUCUGGCUUCAUCAGCAACUCUAUUCAUCAACUCCAGUCCUGAUUCUUCUAUAAAUUUUGAGUUGAUACCUGUUUCCUUUAAGAAGAGCAAUAUAGAUGCCUUAAUUGAGCACAUUAUAAUGCUGUGGAUAGACCACAGACCAACUCCUCUUACACUCUGGUCUUUCUACAAAGAACUAGGAAAUCUUCUAAAAAAUUUCUUUGUAAUUAAUUUGCAAAUCUGUGAGGGAGUAUUAAAUAACUCCAAACUAAUGUCAAGACUUCAGAAAGGUGGUUUUGAUGUGUUGGUAGCAGACCCAGUAACAAUCUGUGGUGAUCUGGUUGCUCUGAAAUUAGGAAUUCCAUUUAUAUACACAUUGAGAUUCUCUCCAGCCUCAACAGUGGAGAGACACUGUGGGAAAAUUCCAGCACCUGCUUCCUAUGUACCAGCAGCCUUAUCAGAGCUCACUGACCAGAUGACCUUUGGUGAAAGGGUUAAAAACACCUUAUCUUAUCCACUGCAAGACUACAUAUUUCAAUCCUAUUGGGGAGAAUGGAAUUCAUACUACAGCAAAGUUCUAGGAAAACCCACUACAUUAUGCGAGACUAUGGGAAAAGCUGAAAUUUGGCUAAUUCGAACAUAUUGGGACUUUGAAUUUCCUCGUCCAUACUUACCUAACUUUGAGUUUGUUGGAGGCUUGCACUGCAAACCUGCCAAACCUUUACCUAAGGUUUUAUGGAGGUACAAGGGAAUAAAACCAACCACGUUGGGAGCCAAUACUCGGCUCUAUGACUGGAUACCUCAGAAUGAUCUUCUUGGUCAUCCCAAAACAAAAGCAUUCAUCACUCAUGGUGGAACUAAUGGAAUCUAUGAAGCUAUCUAUCAUGGGGUGCCUAUGGUGGGAGUUCCCAUGUUUGCUGAUCAGCCUGAUAACAUCGCCCACAUGAAAGCUAAAGGAGCAGCUGUGGAUGUGAACAUGAAUACAAUGACAAGUGCAGAUUUGCUCAAUGCUCUGAGAACUGUUAUUAAUGAUCCUUCUUAUAAAGAGAGUGCAAUGAGGUUAUCAAGAAUUCACCAUGAUCAGCCUGUAAAGCCCCUGGAUCGAGCUGUCUUCUGGAUCGAGUUUGUCAUGCGCCACAAAGGAGCCAAGCACCUUCGGCCAGCUGCCCAUGACCUCACCUGGUUCCAAUACCACUCCUUGGACGUCAUUGGUUUCCUACUGGCCUGUGUGGCAAUCGCUAUAUUCUUGGUUGCAAAAUGUUGUUUGUUUUCUUGUCAAAAAUUUGGGAAAACAGGAAAAAAGAAAAAGAGAGAAUAG